UAGUGUGUCUAAAGCAUUAACAGCCUAAUGCUGAAUAGGGAAUCCUGCACACAUUUUGGGAAAGGAGUCCGCGUGCAUUGUGUUACAGUUACCCAGGUGAUCACAACAAACAAUGCCGAGAAACGCGCGAGUGACAAUUUGCAGCGGACCUUAUGAAUCCAACGGGGUCGUCAAACACAGGUGAGGUCAAACAUUGUCCAUCCAAUAUGUCGGCAGCCGCUUUGAGAGCGCGCGGACACCACAGCGUCUUGGAAGAAACAAGCGAUUGGAACAUGGUGGAGCUCGCUGUCAACGGGGAGAUCGUCUUCAGCUGUAAUAUAAAGCAGCUGCAGUUUGGUGGAGAUGGAGAACUGGACCCUGUUUGCAAAGAAGCUGUAACUGCUGUGGAGAACGCUUACUGAAGAUAACCAUUUAGAUUUUAAAUUAAAAAAUAUAAAACACCAAUGUG